AUGACAAAAGAUUUAUCUCUAUGGUAUAGAGACAAAGAUAAAUUAAAAAUUGGAGAAGUAAAUAGAUAUAUUGUGGAAUAUAAAAAACUUUCGAAUAAUUCAAACAUAUCGAAAUUUUAUUUUAGAUUAAAAAAUAUCGAAAAUACAGGUAUUAGGGCGAUUCAUUUGUUAAGUGGUCCAUUUAUAUUAUAUUGUCACGUUGUUCCUUGUAAUUAUGAUUCCAAAAAGGAAUUUGUUCCCGAAAACAUUGAGAAAAAUCCUGAAGUUGUAUUUGAGAAUCAAAUAAAACCUAAUCAGUCAUUCAAUGUUGAAUUAUUACUAAAUCAUAAUUCCUUGUUCGAAAAAAAAUUUGAAAAUGAUAUAGAGAUCCAAAUAUAUCGAUGGGAAAUUGAUGUGAUUUCACAAAUUGUAAUUAGUAAAAAGACAGAAGUGGAUUAUGAUCUAAUGAUAGGUGAAGAUUUAAGAGUUAUGAAACAAUUAGGAUUGAAUAAAAUAGCCAGGACUUUAACAAGUAUUGGCAUGAAUGAACAAGAGGAAAAAAUGAUUGAAAAGGAAUCAGAACACGAGAAUAAUUUUAAUACGUCAUUUAACCCACAACUUUCUGUUAUUAAAAAAAAUACUACGGAUAUAUGGAGUAAAGAACCUCCAUAUCCUCAAAAACCUGUACAUUUAAUAAUCGUUACACAUGGGAUUUUUUCUAAUUUAACAGCCGAUAUGUUGUAUUUAAAGGAAACAAUAGAAUCGAAAGUAAAAGAUAAUAUUAUAAUUAGAGGUUAUAGAUACAAUGCAGGGAGAACUGAGAAAGGAGUUAAGAAAUUGGGAAGAAAUGUUGGUGAUUAUAUAAUAGAUAUUUUUGAAAAAGAACCUUAUCAAUUUGAUAAAAUUUCAUUCAUUGCACAUUCAUUAGGAGGAAUUGUUCAAUUAUAUGCUAUUAAAUAUAUUCUACUGAUUAAAGGAAAUGAUUAUUUUGACAAGAUGAAUGUGAAACCAAUAAAUUUAAUAGCUCUAGCAAGUCCCUUUCUAGGUAUAUUAAACGAAUUAAAUUUUUUAUUAUCUUGGUUUUUAGAUAUCGGUACAUUAGGUAAGACUGGUCGAGACUUAACUUUACUGAGAAGAUUACCUGGUUGGAAAGAUGUUGAAUUGAAAGAUCAUCAUACAAAAGAUAGCUUUAAACCGGUUCUAGAAACAUUACCUGAUGAUCCUUUACAAUCUUUCUUAGGUCAAUUUGAGAAACUAACAGUAUAUGCAAAUGCAAUUAAUGAUGGUAUUGUUCCUUUAAGAACAGCUGCACUUUUAUAUUUGGAUUAUGAAGCUUUAGGAGAUGUUAAUCAAUUAAAACGAACAAACCACAUUAAUAAUCAACCAAAUCUAGAGAAUAAAAAUCGAGCUGAAAGCAAUGAGAGUGAAGACGAUGUGGGUGAAGUACCAGUAAGUGAAGAAAGUGAACAGACAAACGAAGCGGAAAGGGCUACAAAUGAUAAUGAUAAGAAAGAAGUCGUUGAAUCGGAUCACAGUAAAGUACAAUACGAAAAACUGAAUCAUAAGAAUCAUAAAUUAAAAUUUGCCAAAAAUAAAUAUAGUCAAUUUUUAAAUUUAAGUUUGCCUGCAAAAGCAAAAUUGAAUAAAAGACAGAGGAAAUAUAAACAUUUUUCAAUUAAAGGAUCAGAUACUGACAAUUCUAUGAAUCUUGAUGCUACUGCUAAGGAUAAUAAUGAAGCUAAUCAAGACAAUGCCAACGAAGAAUCAAAGGAUGAUGAUGAUGACAAUAAUAAUAGUAAUAAUCAUAACAAUAACUCAAUGCAUACAACCAAUUCAAAUACCACAGAGGAAUCAAUAGAAAUUAUAGUGCCUCCAAGGGCCUCAGCCAUUGAAUCUGCAAUUAAUACUCUUAUAUGCCCAAUUCCAUCUUCAGAGUAUAUUAUGAAUCCAGAUACAAGACAACCAGUGAUAUUUCACGAUAAAUUUUAUCAUUUUAAUAAAUCAGAAAUCUCAAAAAUUGAUGACAAAACUACUACUGAUACAAAUGAAAAUCAGUUUAAUAAAUGGUUAAAAGAAUUUAAAAUAUUUAAAAAAUUUUCAGGAAAUUGGAAAUUAUAUAAACAAGUUUUUAUUGCAAAUAAAUAUCAUACUAAUGAAUUAUAUUGGAGAAAAGUUUUAGUUAAUUUACCACCAGAUGCUCAUAAUAAUAUUAUAGUAAGAAGAAGAUUUUCAAAUGGUUAUGGAUGGGGAGUUAUAAAUCAUCUUUGUGAAAAUUUAUUCAAUUGUAAAGAUUUAGAUUCAAAUUUAAAUGAUGAAAAUAAUCAAAUUAAUGAUAUUAAUGACCUUAAUGAUGAUAAUGAAAUUAAAGUUAAUACUAAUAAUGAUAAAAAUUCUUCAAAGGAAAUAGAAAGUUUAAUAAAAGCAAAAAUUUAA